GUCAUCAUCAUUGUUCCUCCUGUCAAUUUCCGGUUCCAUAAUCUUCUCAGUCCGACUCUAUCUUUUCCCUUUUGUUUAGUGUCAUAUUUUCACCUUCCUGUGCCUUUCACUAUCCACUUCUUAGAGCCAUCUUCAGUCCUUUGGUGGCGCAAGAUGAAGCUUACAUUUAAAGAUUUGAAACAGCAGAAGUUUGUAAUUGAUGCAGAGCCCUCAGAGACGGUUGGGCAAGUGAAGGAAAAAAUCUCUAAGGAGAAAGGAUGGGAGGUCCCUCAACUGAAGCUGAUAUACUCCGGUAAGAUCUUGCAAGAUGACAAGGCGAUCGAAUCGUACAACAUCGAAGAAAAGGGUUUCAUAGUGUGCAUGGUCUCCAAGCCCAAGGCCUCGUCGUCUACAGCCACUCCUUCGCAAGCCCCGUCUACGCCUUCGAGAGCUACCGCCUCGACACCAGCUGCCCCCCCUGCCCCGGCUCCAUCUACAAACACUUCUACACCAGCCGUACCGGCGACUCCUUCUCCUGCUGGGGCUUCACAGCCAUCUGAUGCUGCUUUCAAUGACCCGUCCGCCCUGUUGAGUGGAUCCCAGGGCGAGGCAGUCAUUGCUCAUAUGGAGAGUAUGGGUUUUCCAAGGGACGACAUCAACCGCGCAAUGAGGGCUGCUUUUUUCAAUCCCGAUCGUGCUAUUGAAUACCUUCUAAAUGGGAUUCCAGAUACUAUCCAACAGGAGCAGCAACAACAACAGCAGGCUGCGGCUGCGAACUCUCCCGAACCUCCUGCAGCUCCUGCAGGAGAAAAUGUUCCUUCGACAACCGGUGGUGAUGAGCCAGUCAAUCUGUUCGAGGCUGCUGCUCAGGCGGGUACCCAGGAAGGCACGCGUGGGGCGCGCUCUGGAAGUGCAGCUGGCGAAGGACUCCCGAAUCUUGACUUCCUUCGGAAUAACCCACACUUCCAGCAACUUCGCCAGCUAGUCCAGCAGCAACCCCAAAUGCUCGAGCCCAUCCUCCAACAGGUCGCGGCCGGGAACCCUCAGAUUGCCCAGCUCAUUGGCCAGAAUGAGGAACAGUUUCUUCAGCUUUUGAGCGAAGAAGGUGAUGGUGCGCUCCCUCCUGGUGCACAUCAAAUUCAUGUCACCGAGGAAGAGAGAGACGCAAUUGAACGUUUAUGCCGUCUGGGCUUUUCACGGGACUUGGUCAUACAGGCCUACUUUGCAUGUGACAAGAAUGAAGAACUCGCUGCCAACUUUCUAUUCGAGAACCCGGAUGAUCCUGAAGACCUAUGAUUCACCAGAGUGCCUUUACGAAAGGCAUUUCAACAAUACGUUUUCUGCGAACCUAGUGCUGUUCUUCCCUAUUAAUGAAAACCGCAAUGCAUACUCCUUUCCAAGUUACCUAUCUAAGCUUGAUAUCGUAGUUUAGACAGGUACAGCUUGCCGUGCUCAACACGCGUAUUCUCUAGCCGUCACUACUUCCUCAAUCACGUCCUUUAUCUUCUCAAUAUUAUCUUGUGAACGACUUUUGUAGCGGUAUCGCAGUACGGUAGUACUCUUUCUAUUUCCCAUUCCCUGUUCCACUCAGAAAGGAGGUUUUGGUUUUGUGCCUAUUUCAUGGGACAAAAAUGAGAUAUGUUUGUGCAUCA